GGAUCAGUCGAGGUUUGAUCAUCGAGCGGAGUGCACGUUUUCUUCCUCACUUUUCAACGACGUAUUAAAUACUAUACACCUUAGUCGCUUAUGCGUGUCACUUCGAUCGGUUGCGUCUUUAAAUCCCACGCGAGUCACCAAAAUUUUGCUGAAUCCGUCGUUUAACUCUCUCUCUAUUUCUCUCUCCAUUUUUUGUUGUUGUGUCAACGUUUUUAUUUACCUUCUUUCAAUCGAUUAGUGAAAGAAUGCGACAUUGAUAUGAUUUUGUGAAAAAUGUGGUUAGAAAGUAUAAGCAAGUGUUCGGUACCACAAACAGGUAUCCCUAAUCAUGGACGACAAAAUCAAACUGAAUAUCCAACCUUCAGUAUGCAUGAAGCUGAUACAUCUGAUCGAGUAGAGAGUUUCGGGACUGAUAGCAAGAUGGCUAGAAAAAUUGCUGCAAAUAGGAUCUUUGUUAACCGCAGUCUCCAUUUAGAAAAUAUUAAAUUUUAUGGAUUUGAUAUGGAUUAUACAUUGGCGGAAUAUAAAUCCCCGCAAUACGAGCAGCUUGGAUUUAAUCUUUUAAAAGAUCGUUUAGUAUCUUUGGGAUAUCCACGAGAAAUAAAAGCGUUUGAAUAUGAUCCGAGUUUCCCAGUACGAGGCCUAUGGUUUGAUACUCUUUAUGGAAACUUAUUGAAGGUUGAUGCCUAUGGAAAUAUUUUGGUCUGUGUGCACGGAUUUGAAUUUUUAAAACACUCACAAGUUUAUGAAUUAUAUCCAAAUAAAUUCUUACAAUUGGACGAAUCAAGAGUAUACGUUUUGAAUACGCUUUUUAAUUUGCCGGAAACUUAUUUCUUAGCAUGCCUAAUAGAUUUCUUCACAAAUUCACCGCAAUAUACUCGAGAAAAAACAGGUGUUAAGGAAGGUGAACUUACUAUGAGUUUUAAAAGCAUUUUCCAAGAUGUAAGAAAUGCAGUUGAUUGGAUUCACUUGCAUGGCGAUUUGAAAAGUAAGACUAUAGAGAACUUGGACGAAUAUGUCAAAAAAGAUGAACGAUUACCAAUGUUUCUUACGCGUAUUAGAGAAAGUGGUGCUAAAUUAUUUUUAUUGACAAAUAGCGAUUAUGUUUUUACCGAUAAAAUAAUGACCUAUUUGUUUGAUUUUUCACACGGUGCAAGGCCUGACGAACCACACCGAAAUUGGAAAACAUAUUUUGACACUAUUGUUGUUGACGCCAGGAAACCAUUGUUUUUUGGAGAAGGUACUAUCUUAAGACAAGUAGAUACUAAAACUGGUGCUUUAAAACUUGGAACACAUAAAGGACCUCUUCAUACUGGUGAAGUCUAUUCGGGAGGAUCUUGCGAUGUUUUUACCGAAUUAAUAGGUGCAAAAGGCAAAGAUGUAUUAUAUGUCGGGGAUCACAUAUUUGGUGAUAUUUUAAAAAGUAAAAAAAUUCGAGGAUGGAGAACAUUUUUGAUAGUGCCGGAAUUAGUUCAAGAAUUACAUGUGUGGACAGACAAAUGUCAAUUAUUUGCCGAAUUGCAAAAUUUAGAUGUAAUGUUAGGGGAAAUGUACAAAAAUUUAGAUAGUAGCACAAAGGAAAAGCCCGAUAUAUCGAAACUUCGUGCUUCCAUAAGAGAUGUCACGCACAAAAUGGAUUUAGCAUACGGUAUGAUGGGAUCACUGUUUCGUAGUGGAAGUAGGCAGACAUUUUUCAGUAGUCAAGUAGUGAGGUAUGCAGAUUUGUAUGCCGCAACUUUCCUUAAUCUGAUUUACUAUCCAUUUUCGUAUAUGUUUAGAGCACCUUCUAUGCUGAUGCCACACGAAAGUACGGUUGCUCACGAACAAAGAUUUGUAAUGGAAACACCUAUGAUCAGUCGAUCAAGAACAUUUAAACUUUCCGAAGAAGAAGAAGAACAAAAUCGGCCGACUGCUAAAGCUGUGUACGUGGAUCACUUAAAUAGUCAAAUUCCACAUGCAAGACCUGAAACACCGCGUAAUGUGACACAUACGCAUGACGAAGACUGCAGUGAUGAGGAUAGCGAUUCUCAGAAGCAAGGGAACAGUACUAAAGCAUCUACAAAAAAUUUUAACUGUAAUUAAUUUAUUAUAAUAACUAGUUGCUUCUUAAGUUGGUUAAACAAAAAUUAUUGAAUCUAAUUUAAUACAAACUGUUGAUUUGUUACGAUUUAUAAUAUUAGGCCAGGAUGCUGCUUACUUUACUUUCGAAGCAAGAAAUUCAAUUGUGCUUAUAUAUAUAUUAUAUACAUAUAAAUAUGUUUUGAUAAUGCUUUCUAUGUUUUCAAUUGACUGUUACAUAUCUUGUAAUCUAACAAGUUUUAUAUGCAUUAUAGAAGGCUUCAUAAUUCAUUUUUAUAAUGUCAAUAAAAACUGUACUUGACAGUUUUAACUUAUAACCAUAUUAUAUGUUAGAUAAAGAAAAUGGCUAUGGAUUAUCAUAGUAUUUAAAAAAGUGUAUAACACAAUACUUUGUUAUAUCAUUUACAAUAUAGUAACAUUUGAACAUAAUGUAAAUGAUAGAUUGUAACAUAUUAUUUGUUAAAUAUGUGAAGUUAUUUAUUAUAGAUUUUUCAUAUACCAAUUUUUGGAAUUUAAAACAGUAAUAUGUAAAAAUGAAUAGAAUACGAUACAUGCAAAACAGAUGUAGUUAAUUAUGAUGUACACGUAAUAUAUGUACAUCACUAAAAAAUUAUAUAUAUAUAUAUAUAAUAUGUGUGAAACAUUAACAUGCAAUCUCAAAUUUAUAUUUAUUUCCAGAAUAUGCGAAGGCCAUGGGCUUUAUGUAAUAAGAUUUAUGAAACAUUGCUAUUAUUACUAUCAUUAUUAUUAUUAUUAUUUACGAAUUUAGAUAAAUACAUAUUAGAAUUUACAUAUUUAUAACAGAUUAUUUUCGCACAACAGAUGCAUAUUUAUAUAUAUUUAAAUAUAUAUCUAAUUUGUGUGUUAUUUUAUCAAGAAACAUUGCUGAAUUUGUGAAAUAUGUUUUAUAUUUAUUUCUUAUUCAGUACUAAUAUGAAUUGGAUGUUUAUCAAAGCCAAAGCUGAAUAUUAAUUGUACGCAAAAAGUUGAUAGGAUAAGGUUGAUCAUUAGAUUAGCAUUUUUACACGAGAAAUUUAGCUGAGAAAGUUUAUUAAUACAUAAAGGUUAUGGUUAAAUAUCUAAUGAUAAAAUAAUAGCUAAAAGCAAAUUUAAAAUGAGAUUAUCAUAUUAUUAUACUAAUAAUAAUAAUAAUACUUUUAUCGUCCGAGUUCUUAAAUUAUACAAACUGCAUAAAACUUUUUCGAUAUACAUCUAUUUAGUUAGAAAAGAAUCUUGUUAAAAAAAUGAUCAAAACGUUUCUAUACGUUAUUAAAUAGAAUAAUAAUACGGAUUUUGAUAAAAACUUUACAUUCGUAAUAGUAUGACAAUAUUAAUCAUGCGUAUAAUGAUAAGUAAUCAUUCAAAUUUCAUGCAGUUUGGAAUUAGUGUUAAUAUUGACGAUUGAAGAUUUCUUCCAUAAUUGACAUUAGAAUGCAAUUAAUAUUAAUUUAACUAAAUAGUCAAUUCAACAAAUCAAGUGUUAUAUGUAAUUACAAGAGUUUCAUAUUAUAUAAAUUGAAAUAAAUAAAUAAAAUAAAAUAAAAUAAAAAUGAAAUGGAAUGUUAACCCAAAAAAAAGAAAAAAAAGAAAUAAAAAAAAAAAAGAUAUUGUGUAAAAUAAUUCAUAGAGUAAUAGAAUAGGAGGACAAUUUUUGUAAUAACUUCGCACAAUAAUAGCAGUUAAAUAAUGUCUUAUUGGAUGAAGUAAUUAAUGAAAAUAUGUGAUUUUCAACUGUAUAAGUUAUAAAUAAUUGUAUUGUAUCGUAUUGUAUAUUUAAAGAUUACAUUUUUAAUAAAGGCCAUAGUAAUAUACGUCUA